AUGCCCAACUUCUCUGGCAACUGGAAGAUCAUCCGAUCCGAAAACUUCGAGGAUUUGCUCAAAGCCCUGGAAAAAGGGGCUGGGUCCUGGGGCGGUGGGCCCCGACGCCUAAAUCCUGCUUUCUCCCGCGGGGCCCCCACCGGUGCCAUCUCCAGCGGUGACUCAGAGCCUGUGAAUCAAAGCCCUGAAACCUGCAUCCGGGCUGGGAGCCUGGUUACCUGCCCAGCCAAAUCCCUCGGAGACAUUCCAACCUCCUUCCUGGGUUCCCCCAACCCACCCACCCCCACCCCCGCCGUGGAUGAAGUGAUGCCCCAGCACAUCCCCAGGCCCCAGCUGGAGAGGUCUCUCAGAGCCACGUGCCCUCCUCAGGCCCUGCUAGGGGGCAGAUUGAAAGCAAACCCAUUAGACAAACACAGUCCUGAGUCAGCCAAGGUCACUGAGCAGGGCCCCCAGCUCCGGGUGAAUGUGAUGCUGAGGAAGAUUGCUGUGGCCGCAGCAUCCAAGCCAGCAGUGGAGAUCAAACACGAAGGAGACACUUUCUAUAUCAAAACCUCUACCACUGUGCGCACCACGGAGAUUAACUUCAAGAUCGGGGAGGAGUUUGAGGAGCAGACUGUGGAUGGGAGACCCUGUAAGAGUCUGGUGAAAUGGGAGAGUGAGAACAAAAUGGUCUGUGAGCAGAGGCUUCUGAAGGGAGAGGGGCCCCAGACCUCCUGGACCAGAGAACUGACCAAUGAUGGGGAGCUAAUCCUGACCAUGACGGCAGAUGAUGUUGUGUGCACCAGGGUCUACGUCCGAGAGUGAGUGGCCAUGGGUGCAAAAGCUGCCCGAGCCCACCACCCUGCUUCACUCCCACCGUCCCUGCCAUUCCCUCCUUCCAGGCUAGCUCUCCCCUUUCCCCAUCACUUCUGGGGGUCACUGGGAUGUAUCUUGCAGGGUUUUGCUUUCUUUGAUCAUUUCUCCCUUCCCUUGUAAAACCAAAGAGGAAUGGCUUGCAAGAGCCCAGAUCACCCUUUCCGGAAUCACUACCUCCCUCCCCACGUCAGCAGACCCUCCCCAAACCAGCCCAGGGCAGAGUCUCUUAGUAAGGGGAACCGAGGGCCUGAGAGGGAAAGACUGGUCCUCUGGCUUCCACUCUGUCCCUGUAGCCUAUUCAGUUUAGAAUAUUUAUUUGUUAAUUUUAUUAAAAUGUUUUUAAAAA